AUGUUUUCAUCUGAAUUCUCAGAAUCAACAAGUGAAGUGAUCAACCUUGACCAUCCGCCGAAUGUGUUUGAUCUUAUUAUCCAAUGGGCUUAUUGUGCAAAAAUAUCGAUAACAAAAGAAAAUGCUGUCGACCUGUUCCAUCUUGCUGAUUACAUGAAUAUUCCUAAAUUAACAACUGUUUGUUUAAAUUUCUUAUGGAACAACUUCUCUGAUUCUCCAUUUAUAGAUGUUGGCUACUGGAUAAAUCAAAUUGCUACGGAAGAAGUAAAUAAUUUUAUUGAUAGAUAUAUUUGUUCAAACUUCUUGGACAUUGUGAAUACAGAUUCGUUUCUUGAUUAUGAUGUUGAUACUGUUGCUCAUAUGUUCAGUUUGCAUGACUUGGAUAUUGAUGAUGAAAUACAAGUUUUCGAUGCUAUCACAAGGUGGAUACAAAAAAGUGUUGAAAGACAGUCUCAUCUUCCAAAAUUGCUCAAGAAGGUUCACUGGGUUGAAAUAAAUGCAAUCCAGUUCAUGAACAGAAUCGAUAAACUGUCUUGGAUUAUGCAUGAUCGAGCGCGUCCAGUUAUCAUGGCUGCAAUUGAGCUCAUGUUUUACAAAUCAUUGAAAAAAAUAAAAGAUAUCGACGUUGUUUUCGGGCCUCGCUAUGCAUCUGACAGCUUUCAUUAUGCCAUCCGUAGAAAGACUGAUUCAUCCAUAGUAGCUCAUAAUUUUAAUGGAGAUUAUGGAAAUAUCGUUUGUUCAGAAAAUCGUUCUCUUCCUCCAGCUAAUUUUGGUGAUUCCCAUAUAACUGAACAUUGUAUGGACUCUGAUGUGGUUAUCAGAAUCGACUGGAAAAAUAAAACUUAUCGGUUAUUCAAAGAUUCUGAUCGUUUCUCCUACUGUCUUUUGUUUGGACGCUUUAUUGCAACUCAACAAAAAGUGAGUAUAAGAUAG